GUCCUCAGUAUUUGGAUGGAAUUUAAAACUGUGAAACUGAAUGGGAUCACCAAAGUCACUAGUUGUCCAUAAGAAAGUAAUAUAGUAGGGGGUGAGGGAGGGAAGGAGGCAAGGAUGGAAACAGGGAAACUGGUUAGAAGGAUAUUAGAGUGAUGCAUAGGUGAGUUCAAUUUCAAGGGUCUGGGGAAAAGAGCAGGAAUCAAAGGAAGCUAAGAAGGGGUGACUGAGAUGGGAAAGCCACAGGUGUGUGGAGUCAGUGAGCAGAGUUACCAGGCAGAGCCAGUUAUGGGUGAACUCCGUCAGACGUUGCUGACAGUUCAGAACAGUUAAACACAAAACUACACUGAAAUUCAAACUGAUUUACUAGAGUAUACUAGUAUACUCUUAAAAAAAGUAUACUGCUAAGUUCAAGUCUAGAAACACUGCUUACGGAAUUGACUGUUACUUUACAGGGUUCCUUUUGAGUUCAGGAUACUUAAACUGCCUUGUCGUGCGGUCCCCUGUGAUGUGUUUUCACUGACAUGGUUAUUUAAGAGAAGAUAAGCUUUUGAAACAUACAGUCUGACUCUGCUCUUAUUCUUGAGGUUUCUGAUCUUCAGUGUCCUUACCUGUAAACUGGGAGAAAGCCUACUGUGUGAAGAAAUGAGCCGUCAGACUGCCACAGCAUUACCUACCGGUACCUCCAAGUGUCCACCAUCCCAGAGGGUGCCUGCCCUGACCGGCACAACCGCGUCCAACAAUGACUUGGCCAGUCUGUUUGAGUGCCCAGUCUGCUUUGACUAUGUGCUGCCACCCAUCCUCCAGUGCCAGAGUGGCCAUCUCGUCUGUAGCAACUGUCGCCCAAAGCUCACAUGUUGUCCGACUUGCCGGGGCCCCUUGGGAUCCAUUCGCAAUUUGGCUAUGGAAAAAGUGGCCAAUUCAGUACUUUUUCCUUGUAAAUAUGCCUCUUCUGGAUGUGAAAUAACUCUGCCCCACACAGAAAAAGCAGACCACGAAGAGCUCUGUGAGUUUAGGCCUUACUCCUGUCCGUGCCCGGGUGCUUCCUGUAAAUGGCAAGGCUCUCUGGAUGCCGUCAUGCCCCAUCUGAUGCACCAGCAUAAGUCCAUCACCACCCUGCAGGGGGAGGAUAUAGUUUUCCUUGCUACAGACAUUAAUCUUCCUGGUGCUGUUGACUGGGUGAUGAUGCAGUCCUGUUUUGGCUUUCACUUCAUGUUAGUCUUGGAGAAACAGGAAAAAUACGAUGGUCACCAGCAGUUCUUUGCAAUUGUACAGCUGAUAGGAACACGCAAGCAAGCGGAAAAUUUUGCUUACCGACUUGAGCUAAAUGGGCAUAGACGGCGAUUGACUUGGGAAGCGACUCCUCGGUCCAUUCAUGAGGGAAUUGCAACAGCCAUUAUGAAUAGUGACUGCCUAGUCUUUGACACCAGCAUUGCACAGCUUUUUGCAGAAAAUGGCAAUUUAGGCAUCAAUGUAACUAUUUCCAUGUGUUGAAAUGGCAAUCAGACAUUUUCUGGCCAGUGUUUAGAACUAUUGCAUUCAAUUUCACAGGAAAUAAGGCACCCAUCUGCCUGCCAGCCUGAAACUCUUUUGGUGGGUGGAAGGUGGAUACAUGAAGGUUAAAUAAAAGAAAGGCUGUUAAAUACAGGAAGCAGUUGCAUGUAGUAACACUAAUAUAUUUAAAAAUAAGUCAACAGUAAACCACUGAAAAAUAUAAAUAUAUAUAUACACCCAAGAUGGGCAUCUUUUGUAUUAAGAAAGGAAGCAUUGUACAAUAAUUCUGGGUUUUGUGUUUGUUGUAGAUUGAUUGUAUUGCUGAAAAAUACUGGGUUGGUUUUUUUGUGUGUGUGUGUGAGUGCGUGUGUGUGCGCGCGUGAAUGUGUGUGCUUGCGUGUCUGAGUGUGUGUGUGCGUUUCUUCUCUUGAACUGACAAGCCAUCUUGCGUGGCCUUGGGCCACUGCUUCUCCCCUUUGUGAGUCAUUACAUAGUGCUGCUUUGUUUUUUUGUGUGUGUGUGUGUGUUCAUUUGCUAAUUUUUAUUCUAGUUUUUCAUUAAAUUUGACUUUACUUUUCUUGUAAUUCAGGUUUUUCCUCACCUUUCUUUUGUACCAUUUUAAAGUUAGCAUCCUUUGACAUGCAUUCUUGUUGAUGGUAAAGUUCAUACUGCGUUCCAUACUUAAUUCUCUGUCUCCCAUUAAUCAGUUCAUUAGAAUUAUUUUAAAUUCAGUUAUUUGGUGAAGUUCCAGAAGAGAAAGGUGACAUCAGAAAAGUUAUCAAAAGCUUGUUGAAAGCAGCUCUAAGAUGGUCUCCUUCUUUCUCUUUUUCUCUUUCUGUUCUACAAUUGAGUCAUACCUUCAAACUUAAUCUUUGAAAAGUUAAGAAAUAAAUUGAUUUUUAAAUAUUGAAAAAAAAUCAGGCCUUUUUUCUCUUUUUUCAAAUACCUUGGACAAAUCACAUGUUUAAAAUUUGUUCUUAUUUAUUGGUUUUGCAAAAGAAGGUAUCGUCAUGCACAGUAUUUGUAAUAAAAAGCAAAUCAUUUGUUUAAAAAAGGCAGUUUGCAAAAAAAGUAUGUUUUUGGUCUUUUAUAAUUCUCAUUAAAAAGAUAUCUGGCAAAUUAAAAGAAUCUUACUGUGUUU